CUGGAAACUGCAGGCAAAGAUUUUAUUCAUGCAAAUCUGGUUGGUUAUCCUCAAAGUGAUCGAACUUAUAUUGUAACCCAACAUCCACUCGAAUCAACUUAUGAAGAUUUCUGGAGAAUGGUUUUCUAUGAAAACUGUGAUACUAUUAUUGCAAUAUAUUCUCCCGAUGAAAACUUGCCACAUUAUUAUCCAAAUGUUGUUGGAAAAUAUUUCAAUCAAGGUCAAUUUUUUGUAAAUUGUCGAAAAGUAACACCACCUCAAUCAAAAUAUGCACCAACAACAUAUGUUAUUGAAGUUUUGCCAGAAGGUUGUUCGAAUGCUCGAAUGGUCACACUUCUUCAUUAUUCCUUGUGGCCACAUGGAAAAGUUCCAGUUAGCCCGAAAGUUAUUCUGAAAUUAAUUAGAAGUAUAACUGUUGAUAUUGGAACAAAAGGUCCGGCUGUUAUUCACUGUGCAACUGGAACUGAUAGAUCUGGCUGCUUUGUUUUGACUGAUCUUAUUGUCGAUUUGAUGUUUCGUAAUCUUGAAGUUGAUAUUCCAGCGGUAAUUCAAACUUUGAGAGCACAAAGAUCUAAAUUAUUAAGCAACAAAGUUUAUUUUGCUUUUGCUUUGUAUGCUGCAGCUGAUUAUGUUCGUGUAAGUUCAAAUGCCGAAAAAACACAUUGUUUAUUCAAAAAAUAUUGAAUUUUCAGCUUCGCUUGAAAAGAUACAAAAAUGCACCAGAUUUAUUGAAAGAAAUUGAUACAUUCGCAUUAUCAGUUACAAAAGAAUGGGCCUCAUUAAUUGUAAAAGAACAGCCACAAACCAAUUCAAAAAACAAUUGCUUUAACUGCACAAAGUAG